UUUAUUUCAAGUCAAAAUCGUUCUUAAAUUUUAUGUUAAAUUAAAAUCGGAGGAAGUAUAAAAUAUUGAAUUGAUGAACUAUAAAUCUGGUAAGCGACUUGCGGGACCCGUAAAUUUCAAUUUCCUAUACCUCACAAACCCCCAACCCCCAGCUUCAUUCUUUUACAUAUUACAUCUGUCACUCUCUAUGUUGGAUUUCAUUCUCUCUUUUUAUAGCAAAAUUCAUAAUUUUCCAUAGAAAGAAUCAUCACCAAGCCAGAGCCAUGAAAGAGAGAGGCAAAGCUACUAUGCUGGAAACAGAUAACUUCUCAGAUUUCAAUUACUCCAUUUCAUCAGAUAUGCCAUGUAAGAAACACCCUUCUUCAUCUUCUAUUGGUAUAUGUUCUUAUUGCCUUAAAGAGAAGUUAGUCAACUUGGUUUGCUCAGAAUGUGGUGAACAAAGACUCUCUUCUUGUUCUUGCUCUGAUUCGUCUUCGUCCAAUCGAAAAUCAUCGACUACUGAAGUUGGCAGUGUUGGUAGGAUUUCUUUUCUGUUGGAAAAUGAGAAAAUAGAAGCAAAGCAGCAGCACAAAAGGGAGAAAACAGAACAAGUUAUUGUAUUGAGGAGAAGCAACAGUAGUUGUGUGGAGAUCAAGAAAAGUAGCAAUGGAUUCUGGAAGAUCAAGAGGCUUUUCACGAAGAAAAAGGGUGUCCAGAAUGGUAAUGAAUGUGAUGAGAAUAGCGAUAUUUGGGUCUCUGAUGCUAUGGCAGUAUCAAGAUCAAGAUCGGUUCGUAGUUUCCGAGGAGGUGGAUUUAAUGACACCGAUGAAGGAAGUGAUUGCAGAUUUUCAAGUGCUAAAAUCUCUGAUGUUACUGGUGGUAUACUUAUGGAUUCUGAUGAACCAAGAAAAAGUGAAUUUGGAAGGAUCCAUAGCAGUGCACCUAAUAGGAUUAUAUUUCCUGAUAAGGAAAUUGAUUUUACUUCAAUGGAUGAUUCAGCUUUCAUUGACUUAAAAUUGGAUUUGUCAUCCGAGUCCAAAUCAGAUUUCCCCGUUGGUACAAGGCUUAGCAAUGGGUCAGAUAAUGGACGGGUUGGGCUGGAUUUGAGCGGGUUGAAAAUGGGUUCGACAACUUCUUUAGGGGCAUUGGGGCAUAGCGGUUCUUGUAGGAUGGCAAUGCAUGAAUAUGAUAGAGGGAUGAAAAGGAGUGGUGGUGGCAAAGGGAACAAAGUGUGGAAGUGGAUUUUCAGGCAAAGUUCUGGGAGGAAGAGUACAAGCAGCAACAGAGAUGAAAAUGACAUCUUCAAAUCUUGAGUUUGUUGAAUAAGAAAGAUUUUUAAUGAUCUUUUUGUUUUUGUUGAUAUAUGAUAUCUCCCUUAGCUGGUUUAGAGGCACUUUGAACAGUUAAUAUAGGUUUUCCUAUGCUUUGAAUUACUUUACUUUCUUCUCCUUCUUCCCAUCUGUGGUAGUGGAUUAAAAAACAAAAGAAGAAAAAUUAAUGGGUCUUCUUAUUAUUAUAAAUACAAGAAUUUUCUUUC